GCUGCAGGACACAAAAGGUUGUAUCAAACUCGGCCGGCCUGCAACGUCGACGACGUGCACAAGAUUUCACAAGGUUGCUUCUGGUUCUUUGUUUGAGUCGAAGAACGGCACGCAAGUCAAGCAUGAAAGCUCGGUAUCUAAAGUGUGGCAACGGAGGGGCGAUUUGGUUGCAAAUUGGUGACGAGAGCAAACUAGUAAAGCUCGAAGAAGAUAUUAGAAUUUUUUUUUCUGAUGGUGAGGCACGUGCAAGGCUGACCAAGCCUGUCAGAGGACAAGUGUGCAUUGUGAAGAGUGGUGCAAAGCAAGAGAGAUGCUUGAGAGCACGCAUUGUAAGGUUGUUCAACUCUCAAGUGGGAAAACAAGCCACUGUACUACAUAUUGAUCAUGCUGUCACUGAACUUGUUUCUGUAUUCAGCUUGUUCAUCUGCCCAUCGAAAUUUUUGUCGGUGCUGCCAUUUGCAUGUUGUUGUUUUCUAAAUGGAGUGGACCUCUCAUUGCUAACAUGCUCAUCAGCAAAUGGUAGCACUGAUGCAGAAUGGCGAAAAGAGGCAAAUCAGUUUUUUCUGAGACUCAUACAUGAGAGCUCAUUGACCAUUGACAUAAAGAAAAAGGAUGCUCAUGGAAAUUGUCAUGUGGUAUUGCAUGCAACAUCAUCAGAUGGGAUGAACAAGGUAUGUGUCAAUGAUUUAUUGCAGUCAUCUCUGCUGAGCAGCAGCACAGAAGUGAAGGAAGCUGCUGUGUGUAUUCCUCGACUACCUCAUUUUGUAAACACUCAGGAGAUGCAAAAAUCACAACUAGAAUCUUUUGCAGAGACAAAAAGAGUCUUGCUAGGAAUACAGCUAGAAUCACAGGUUGCCACUUCUCAUCAACAAAGAGCAGCAAGAAUGUCAUGCGCUUUGGCGGAAAUGCUAGGAAUUCCUCAACAUUCAGAUGAAGGAAAGGGAAGAACAACUGUGGUAGACGAUCUAGCUUCUAUUGAUAAGUCAGGCAAAUUGAUGUUUAAACAUGAAGUCUUUCUUUCCAGGCAUUUGUUUCCAUCUGGUUGCUUGUCUCUUCAUGAAGCCCCGUUUCCAAAAGAGAUUGUGGAUAUUCUAAACGCCAAUUCAUUUCCUGGACCAACUUUAAUACAGUCUCACUGUUGGAGGUCAAUUCUUCGAGGUCAUGAUGUUGUUGGUGUGUCUCGCUCAAACACUGGAAAGACACUAGCAUAUCUUUUGCCUUUGUUGUCAACAAUUUAUGACAGUGCACUUUACACAGGGCUUCCAGAGGGAAUUGGGCCACUUGUGGUCAUAUUGUCUCCGUAUUGGCAGAAAGCAGAAAGCAUUCAUAAGGAAAUUGCAAAAUAUUGCUGUCAUACUGAUUCAAAAAAGCAUCAUUUUGUGCUAUAUGGUGCUGGGACUGAACUCUCGAAAUUGAUAUUGUUGAUGAAUGGUUGUGACAUAUUGGUUGCUACACCUCAUUCACUACUCAGAGCUCUUAAACGUGGACAAACAAGUUUAAACCGACUGUGUCAUCUUGUAUUUGAUGAUGCAGACAUUCUUGUUCAUUAUUUUCAUCAACAAGUGUGUGAUUUAAUGUCUCAGUUUGCUGCUGUUCUGCGUGAGGGGCGGGGAAAGUCUAGCUUAGGAGGCACUUUGGCUUCUUCAUGUCAAAAGCUUGUGUUUAGUUCAUCUUGGACAUCAGGUGUGGCAUCUCUUGUCUCUGCAUAUUUUGCAAAUCCUCUGACUGUCAUCACAAGCAGACUUGAUGCAAUGAUUUACUGCGAUGUCGUUCAGACAAUUUCACAGUGUGAAUUACGUGAUAUUGUGUGUCACUUGCGUGGUCUUCUUAAGUCAGAAGCAUAUCAAAAACAUGAUCACAUCGUUGUAUUUUCUGAAUUCUGUGAUGAUGUGAAACUCAUCUCAAAGGAACUGAGUGGUCUGAAAUGGCCAGUUGUUGCUUGCCAUCAUGAAAUGUCUGCAAAUCAGAUCUACGAUGUGAACAUGGAGUUGAGUCAAUUGACACAUCAUGGCAUAAUAGUGAGUACAGACAGCAAUAGUCAAUUUCUGGAUCUCUCAAAUUGCUCUUUGUGUAUUCACUUGGACUUCCCUCACAGUAAGAGCCACUUCUCUGACAGAUUGGACAGUCUCAGAAACUCUGCUUGCAAUGGACAGAGUUGCGAGUCUGCAUUGGUCGUUACGGAGAGAUCCAUCAAUAGGUCUCUUGAAAUACUUGAGUUGUUAAAGAAGUUUGGAUGUUCCAUUCCUUCAUGGUUGAAAGCAAAUGUAAAGAAAGUUUCUUUGCUGAUGGAGAAUGAGAAGAAGCACCUCCCUAUUCAUCCAGAUUUGCUCUCAUUUGGAUGGAGAAAUGACAGUUCAAUUAAUUACAGACAGAGAUUAUGGAAAGAAAAAGACGCAAUGACAUCAGAUUGUUUAGUAGGUGUUCCAAUGAGCGGGCUUAUUCAAGUGUUGGUGAGUCAUGUGGAGUCAGUGUGUUGCUACUGGGGCAGAAUUUUGAAUCAUAGUCAUGAAGAUGGAGCAUUUACUCAAUCAGUGCAAUCACAGUAUGUUGCUCUGAACCUUGAAUUGAAUCAGUGGUUUAGCAAGGCAAGCAACAGGAAAAUAGUACAGUCACUGAAAACAGGAAUGAGAUAUGCAGUACGACUUCCUGGAGGAAUCUUCUACAGGGCUGAAAUUGUCAAUUGUAGCAAAGAUGUGCUCAAAUGUCGACUCAUAGAUACUGGUGCUAUAGAACUCGUACAUAAAGACAACAUGUUUGUACUUCCGGGCGGUCUUCAGGAUACUUCACCACAAGCAGUGAAAAUGUAUUUGUGUCAAGUGAAGCCUGUUGAUCGAGAUGUGAAGUGGACUGUAGAGGCAAAUGAGUUUGCAAGUCACCUCGUGAAGGGAAAAGAGCUGCAGGGGAAGAUUGUUAUGAGGUUACGUGGGUGUGUCUGGUUGGAUCCCUUGGUUGAAAAGCGGAAUCUGCAAGGGUUGAAUGUGAUGGACACUGUGUUAAAUGUGAAUCAGGAGCUUAUCAAAGCUGGAAUGGCAGAGCCGAAUCCUCAUCACAUGGCUGUCUUGAAGCAAAUUGCAGCAGUUGCUCUUCCUGACAAAUAUGAAGAACUUAUGCAGUGGCAAGAGAACGUGGAUGAUGCUAUAUCCCUGCUAGAUCAUUUGACUCUUGAAGAGCAAGGUUAUCAAGAUAUCAUUGUGUCUGCUGUUGUUCAUCCUGGAUUGUUUUUUGUACAAGCAAUAGAGUGGAUAGAACGAUUGCAUGAAUUAGAGGUUGAUAUUAACUUGAAUUUGCCUGCAAAGGAGCCUGAACUUACUUCAAAGCUUCACAUUGGGUCAUACUGCCUUGCCCAGUUUUCAGUUGACAACAAGUGGUACCGAGCACGAAUAUUAGAGCGUCAUAAUGAUGAGUGCUGCGUACUAUUUGUUGAUCAUGGAGAAGAUGAGUGGUUGGAUGUUAAUCAAAUACGACCAAUAGCUCCACACAUGCUUUCUUUUCCAAUACAGGCAAUAGAGUGUUCUCUUUCAUCUGCCGUGCCUUGUGAUGAAGAGUGGUCACGCAAUGCAGCAGAUUUGCUGCAUCGACUCUCUGCCAACAAGACACUUGUUUUGGAAGUGAAGGGUGUGUCUAGUGCUACUGUGACUGCUGGUCUUGCGUAUGAGGUUGACUUAUUUGAUACAACGGGUUGCGACGACAUUAGCUUGGCUGAACAACUUAUUGAUGCUGGAGUUGCUUUUGCUGCUACUUCUGUUACAAGUUUGGAGGAACUAAGACAAGAGGAAGCAAACAAUUGUUAUGAACACUGGAGUCAGAAGAUUGCAGACUUUUGCAGCAUUAUUCAAAGAAGCAAUAGUUCUCAAGAACGUGUGGAGGCUGCUCAAUUGAUGAGGCACACUGUCAAUCAGUCAAUUGAUUAUGAGAAUUUUCAGAAAUACAAUGGUUUACAAAGCAUGUUGCGUCUCGUUUCACACUGUUCAUAUGAUUUAGUGUUGGAACAUGUUGUGUCUAGUUUAGCUUGUCUCCUCAAUCACAAAAUGAUCUGUGAGGCAGCUUUAAGAUAUGAUGUUUGUAGAAGACUCACUCAGCUUGUAGUUCAAACUGACCAGUCGGUUGUGCAAGAAGCAAUUAUUUCUUGUUUCCAGAAUUUGUUACAAAUUGACAGUGUGGCUGAUUUACUGAGAGAUGAAGGUGCAAUCAAACAUAUUUGUAAUUUAAUGUUGGUGUCAUCCUCUUCUCCUCCACUUCUAAGUAGAAUUUGUAACCUGUUGUUUUCAUUGUCGAAAGAUAAUCUGCGAAAUAGUGACGUUGUUCGCAUUGAGGGUGGAGUUAAAGCUGUGGUGAGACUGGUUGGAAAUUGUGAUGAUAAUUCAGUGCAAGAGCAAGCUGUAAGAUGUCUAGAGACUUUAGCCAAAAAUGCAAAGAAUAGAGACUCUAUUUGUUUACAUGGAGGAAUAGUGUCUCUUUGCAAGCAAGUAAGAACCAGUCAGAGCAGACAGUUUAUCGAAUUGGCUCUCAGCUCUUUGCAGAUAUUGAUCUAUAAUAGCAAGGAAAAUGCACUGGCAUCUACAAAAGCAGACUUGCUGAAAUCUCUUGACAAAGUUGAAUCCUCAGUUGGUUCGAUUGUCGAUUUGCUCUGCUCUCAACUGAGAAUGAAAAUAUCUGAGCUGACUGAUCUUAAAGAACGUAGUUCUUCUCACAAAGAGAAAGCUCGCUCACAAUUUACUGAGCAAAGACAUCAACCAACGCAGUCACGUUUGCAGUCGGUCUCUGUACGACCAAUUUCUGUACAUCGAUCAUCAUCGGGUUUCUUGAAUAAGUCACCUGUGAGAGUGAAGCCAUUUGUUCGAUGGUGGCAGACCAAGCAGACUGUUGUGUUGUCUAUUCAGUUGAGGGGAGUGUCAGAUAGACACAUCAAGCUCACUAGAAACAAGAUUGAAUUUAGAUCGAUAGUCAAUGCCACUGAAUAUUAUCUGGACAUAGAGUUGUUUAGUAACGUUAUACCUGAAAAUAGCAGAGAACAUGUGACUGGAUCACAGCUUUGUCUAAUUCUUGGGAAAGAAGAAGAAAGCAAGUGGCCUAGAUUGUUGGCCACAAGAGAGAAGGUCUUACAGAUUGGUGUGGACUUUGAUCAUUUGGAUGAUGAAGAUGAAUCUGUACUUCCUUUAACAGAAGAGACUCAACCACUUGAUUUGAAUCCUUUCCUUGCUGUCAAGGAAGACAAGAAAGAGUUGGUAUGCUUACCACCAGAGGAAGUGACACAUGAAGAUAACAGUGACUCAUCAGAUGAUGAAGGCAGAGAAGAUGCAGAUAUCUGGAACCCAUUCCAGUUCUGAUGUAUUAGUUGGUGUUCUAUAUUUACUGUGCUACAGUACUAAU